UUUUGUAGUUUGCCCUAAAAACAAUGAACACCAGAAAAUGGUAAAGGUUCAAACACAGCGGGCAUUUCCAAGGGCGAAUAUUGUGAUCAUCGUCCUGUAGGAGGUUUUGGUUGUUUGAAAUUGUUUCUCAAUCGAACGAAUUUUCUUUUCUCGAUCAACACAACAAUUUGCGAUUCAUAUUUCUGCAGGGUGUUGAGUGUAACAAUGAACGCAAAAAAAUCAAGAAACGUUACAGAAAAUGGGGAAACAGUUGAAGAUUCAAUCCUCAUGACAUUGAUAGGCAAUGGUGAGGAUUUAGCACCAAUGGUAAGGCAUUCAUUUGAGAUGGGAAAGCCUGAAACUCUUGUUCUCCAACUAAAACACGUUGUGAAAAAGAAAGAAGUUGAGAUUGAAGAACUCUGUAAGCUCCACUAUGAAGAAUUCAUUGUUGCAGUUGAUGAGCUUCGUGGUGUCCUCGUUGAUGCAGAGGAGUUAAAAAGCGAGCUUGCAAGUGAUAAUUUCAGGUUACAAGAAAUAGGAAGCGCAUUACUUUUAAGACUUGAAGACCUUCUUGAAUCUUAUUCCAUCAAAAAGAAUGUUACAGAAGCUGUUAAAAUGUCACGAAUGUGCGUUGAAGUGUUGGAUCUUUGUAUAAAGUGUAACAAAUACGUAGCUGAUGGACAGUUUUACCCUGCUCUGAAAGCCAUUCAUCAGAUAGAGGAAAAUUACAUGAAGGUAAUCCCUGUUAAAACGCUCAAAAACCUAGUGGAAAAACGAGUCCCAGUUAUCAAAAACCACAUUGAGAAAAAAGUAUGUGGCGAAAUCAACGAAUGGCUUGUUCAUAUUCGUGGGACCUCUAAAGAAAUCGGUCAAAAAGCAAUUGGAUUUGCUUCUUCUUCACGUCAAAGAAACGAAGACAUGCUUGCAAGACAAAAGAAAGCAGAAGAAGAAAGCUGUUUAGGUCUUGGAGAUUUCACUUAUUCAUUAGAUGUUGAAGAAAUUGAUGAUAAUUCUGUUUUGAAGAUCAAUCUUAUGCCUUUAUAUCGCGCGUAUUACAUCCAUGUGUGUCUUGGAAUCCGUGAUCAGUUUCGUGAAUACUAUUUCAAAAACCGAAUGUUGCAACUCAAUUCAGAUCUUCAAGUCUCAUCUGUACAACACUUUCUUUCAUCCCACCAAACUUAUUUAGCACAAAUCGCAGGCUAUUUCAUCGUUGAGGAUCGUGUUCUUAGGACAGCUGGCGAUUUGUUAUCACCUAGUCAAGUUCAAGCAAUGUGGGAAACAGCUGUAUCGAAAGUGACUGAAAAUUUGGAGUAUCAGUUUUCUCAUAUGGACACUGCAAGUCAUCUUCUUUUGGUAAAAGACUAUGUUACCCUUCUUGGUGCAACUCUCAGACAAUAUGGUUAUGAUGUCGGGUAUAUUCUCGAUGCUUCGACUAAUUCACGUGAUAAAUAUCACGAACUUCUUUUGGUGGAAUGUCGACAACAGAUCAAAGAUGCAGUUAAUGAUGAUGAUUGUAAACAAAUGGUUUUGAAGGAGUCUGAAUAUUCAACUAAUGUUCUUUGUUUUCAUCUUCAGACAUCUGAGAUAAUGCCAGGGUUUCCUUAUGUGGCGCCUUUUUCAUCUAUGGUCCCUGAUUGUUGUCGAAUAAUCAGAUCUUUUAUAAAAGAUUCGGUUAAUUACUUGUCGUAUGGUGGUCAAACCAAUUUCUUUGACUUUGCAAGAAAGUAUCUUGACAAGUUGUUGAUUGAUGUGUUGAAUGAUGUCAUACUUUCCACCAUUAAAAGUAGUAACACUGGAGUUUCUCAAGCUAUGCAGAUUGCUGCUAAUAUAUCGUUUCUUGAAAGAGCAUGUGAUUAUUUUCUUCAAACUGCAGCUAAACAAUGUGGGGUUCCUACUCGAAUGAUUGCAAGGCCUCAAACUACUUUAAAUGCAAAAAAUGUUUUGAAAAAUACAAGGGAGAAAUCUUAUGUUGCUCUUGUGAACUUGGUCAACCAUAAGUUGACCGAGUAUUUGUCGCUUAUGGAGAAAGUUAAUUGGAUUAUCGAUGACGUGGCGCAACAUAAAAGCGAGUAUAUGAAUGAGGUUGUUAUGUAUCUUGAUACGCUUUUGUCGACAGCUCAGCAGGUUUUACCUUUGGAUGUUAUGUAUAAAAUUGGGAGUGGGGCCCUUGAGCAUAUUAACAAUUGUUUUGUGAACACGCUUCUUAGUGAUUCUUUAAAGAGGUUCACUGCGAAUUGUGUGAUGGGGAUUAAUAAUGAUUUUAAAACUUUGGAGGAGUUUGCAGAUGAGAGGUUUCAUAGUACUGGAUUAAGUGAGAUUUAUAAAGAAGGUAGUUUUAGAGGGUGUUUGUUGGAAAUGAGACAAUUGAUAAAUCUUUUGUUGAGUAGUCAACCUGAGAACUUUAUGAAUCCAGUGAUACGAAUGAGGAAUUACAACUCAUUGGAUUACAAGAAACUGGCGAUUAUUUGUGAGAAGUAUAAAGAUUCACCUGAUGGUUUGUUUGGGAGCCUUUCUAAGAGAGGUGCUAAACAGAGUAAUCGUAUGAAGUCAAUGGACGUGUUAAAAAGAAGAUUGAAGGAUUUCAAUUGAGAGAAAUAUUUCAAAAGUUUUGCUUGGAGUGUAGUAGAAUAAGCCCGUUUUUCUUUUGUUUAUUCUUUUUUUUUUUUAAUAUGUUUUUAUGGACGAUAAAUUACUUGUCUAAUUAUCUAGUUCAUCCUAUGUUCUACCUCUAUCUGUUCUUAUUCUACAUUUUUACUAAUAAUGAUGAAGUAUUCUUAAA